AUGCUCCGGCCAUGGCUCAACAGUGGCGCACGUCGCUGCCUCGGUCGACUAAACCAUCCAUUAAGACCGUUACUCAUCCAUCCAACCAAUUUAUCCUCCCUCCGCAAUCUCCACGCUACAAGUGACCGCAUCCCUCUCCGCAAACAACUCAAACAAGAAGCCAAGAGUCUGAAAUCCCAGAAAAAACAACGCAAAGAGAACGAGGAGGCAUCAAGACAGACAUGGGAGCUUACAGUUGGGGUGGAAAUCCAUGCCCAAUUGGAUACGGCUGCAAAAUUAUUCUCUAGAGCGGCUACAUCUUCAAGCGAUGCCCCCAAUUCAAAUGUCGCCUUGUUCGACCUGGCAUUCCCAGGUAGUCAACCAGAAUUCCAAGCAGCUACUCUCCUCCCAGCCCUCCGUGCUGCGAUCGCCUUGAACUGUGAAGUCCAACGUGUCAGCCGGUUUGAUCGGAAACAUUAUUUCUACCAAGACCAGCCGGCGGGGUAUCAGAUCACUCAAUACUACGAACCCUUCGCACGAAAUGGCCACGUCGAUUUAAAUGACUACGACGGUAUCGCGCCUGAGGAUGGUGAACGGGUCCGCAUAGAUAUCAAGCAGGUCCAAUUGGAACAGGAUACCGCCAAAUCCCAGGAAUACCCUCCCUCGACUCAGCUCAUCGAUUUCAACCGUGUAUCUCACCCACUUAUUGAGAUUAUUACCAUGCCGCAGAUCCAUACCCCUGCGACCGCUGCAGCCUGUGUCCGAAAGCUACAAUCGAUUCUGCAAGCAUGCGGGGCUGUCACAACUGGAAUGGAGCUUGGUGGUCUGCGUGCCGAUGUUAAUGUGUCGAUACGGCGCCGCGGCGAGGGACCAGGACACUGCCAGUAUGACGGCAUUUCUGGGCUAGGCCAGCGCACUGAGAUCAAAAACUUGAGCAGUUUCAAGGCGAUAGAGGAUGCUAUCAUUGCCGAGAAAAACCGCCAGAUCAGACUACUGGAAAGCGGCGGUGUUGUCGAGGGUGAGACGCGAGGAUGGACCAUUGGUAGCACUGAAACUCGCCUUCUCCGAGGCAAAGAGGGUGCCGUCGACUACCGCUACAUGCCUGAUCCUGACGUUCCUCCACUAGUUAUUGGUGAGGAUGUGAUCGCUCACCUUCAGGAAACCCUGCCUACUUCUCCUGACGCAUUACUUGUGCAACUGACGGGCCCCGACUAUGGCCUCUCAAUUGAGGACGCCAAACCCUUGAUCGAGUUGGAUGACGGUGCUCGUCUCGAGUAUUACCAAGAUGUCGUAGACAUUCUCUGUGUAUUACACGGCGAUCUGGAUAAAUCCUCACAGGUCGUUCUCGCGCGAAUGGCUGGAAACUGGGUACUCCAUGAAUUAGGUGGUCUCUUGACUAAAGCAGACCGGUUCUGGGAUGCGGAGAUUGUCCCGGCCCGGUCUCUCGCUGAGCUGGUCAAUCAUCUGCAAAUGAAGAAGAUUACUGGACCCACGGCGAAGCAGGUACUAGCGAUGAUUUUCGAAGGAGAUCUUCGGCCAUUACCCCAACUAUUAGAAGAAGAUAAUCUUCUGCUUCGGCCCUUAUCGCGCGAGGAGUACCUGACCUUGGCGAAAUCCGCCAUUGCUCAGAACCCGAAGAUGGUUGAACAGAUCCGUAGCAAAAAUCAACUGGGGAAACUCGGUUGGUUCGUGGGGCAGAUGAUGCGCACGGGCGAGAAGGGCCGUGUUGAAGCGCCCAGGGCGGAGGAGGUUCUCCGUGAACUAAUCCUGAGCGAAGAAGCAAAUACUGUAUGA